GCUCAGUUCGAAUGCUGCUGUGGAUGUGAACUGUGCUCUGUUAGUAUGUUCUCCUAAUGACCAAUUCAGGCAGUAGGAUUUCAAAGCUUUGCAAGACCAUCUAUUGAAUGAACACACAAUCUAAAAAUCAGCGACAGAAAAUUGAUAUAUAGUAUUUAACCCUGGAGGAAAAUCAGGUUGGCACAGAGACAGCCAUUCGCAUAAAGAAGUUGGCUCGAAGAAGAUGCACAGAGUCUCAUUUUUUUCCACAGUCUGAAUGAACACUACAACGGAAGCUAUAUUCACAUGGUGAUCAAAAGAAACACUUGCGUGAUGAACUGCUGAUGCAGGAAAAGUCUAAGGCAGUAAUUUGAGCUCUUCGUGCCUUAGUAGCUUGCUUGUUUCACGGAAGCAUUCUUCCUUAACAGCAUUUCUGCAUAGUGGGUUCCCUGUUGGAGCAGCACAUCAAUUGCCUGAUGGAGGAAAAAUGAAUGCUCUACAUUGCUGGUAUCAUUGAUGGAGUAAAACUAUCUACGUUUCUGUCACUUGGGAAAUCUGGAUUAAACAGGCAAUCUUAUUCCGGGAGUCCCAUUGUCCCUUGUGGUCUGACUCAUUGCAUGUAAAUGUACUGCAGCUCUGCUGUACAUUGCGGAGAUUUUUAUUACAUAGGGAAGAAUUGUCAAUCUUGGAGUAUCAUGUUGUGAAUCCUUGCUGAAAAAUAGAUUGUGUGAAGUAUUCCUGACAUUAAGACAAAUGAAGUUCCAAAAUUGCAGAAUAAGAUCCUGAAACAUUUAGGGCAGUGGUGUUUAUUUUCAGUCAUCAGAAAGCCUAGUACAGUAAAUUGGAGACUGACCUUGCAAGACAGGCUAUAGCUGUGAUCAUCUCUGUCAGAGCAAUUGUUCCUUGUUUCAUUCUAUACAGAAUGGUGUCAUGUCACCUACAACAAUGAUUUCACUGUGUGGAUAAAGUUAUUCUGUAGAAAUAGCAAUAUUAAGAGGCAGAUUUUCUAGUAAAAGGACAUACUAUAGAUAUUUACGAUAUUGACAUUUCUAUUCUAACCUAGUUAGUGUGGAGAAUAUUUUUAAUACAUUUUUCACAAAUUCAGUGUUGUAGUACAGGUGAAUGAAACCUUGUUUUUAAAGUAUAUAUAUUUUUAAAAUAGCAUUGUUUGAACAUCUUAAAUGAAAUAUAGUGGGGAAAAAAGUCCUUUUUUAAAUUUUAAAACACCAGCAAUAGUGUUAAGAAGUUAUGUUUGUGAGUGUAUACUCGGGAGGUAAAAGUACUUUCUGUGCUGUCUCAGCUGUGGUUACUACAGUGUUGUUCUGAAUACAGUUUUUUCAAACGGAUCGAAUGAGUCGAGUGUGUAUUGUUGUUUUGGAGGAGGUUGAAGAUGAUUCUCCCACAUUUUUUUCCAAACUACCUCAGGAAAAUACAUCUGUACGUCCUUCACCUUCUGGAAAUGUGUUGCCACUGCUGGUUCAAGCUAUAUUUAAUGGGGACCCUGAUGAAGUUCGAGCAUUAAUAUUUAAGAAAGAAGAUGUUAACUUUCAGGAUAAUGAAAAGAGGACCCCUUUACAUGCUGCUGCCUAUCUGGGAGAUGCAGAAAUUAUUGAACUACUUAUUUUAUCUGGAGCUAGAGUUAAUGCCAAAGACAGCAAGUGGUUGACUCCCUUACACAGAGCUGUUGCAUCAUGUAGUGAGGAUGCUGUUCAGGUGUUGUUAAAGCAUUCAGCAGAUGUCAAUGCCCGUGACAAAAACUGGCAGACACCCCUACAUAUAGCAGCUGCAAAUAAAGCUGUUAAAUGUGCUGAAGCUUUGGUGCCUCUUCUAAGUAAUGUAAAUGUGUCAGAUCGAGCAGGUAGAACAGCAUUACAUCAUGCAGCCUUCAGUGGACAUGUUGAGAUGGUGAGUUUGUUAUUGUCUAGAGGUGCCAAUAUUAAUGCAUUUGACAAGAAAGACAGACGAGCUAUACAUUGGGGAGCAUAUAUGGGUCACAUUGAAGUUGUGAAAUUACUUGUGACCCAUGGAGCUGAAGUGACAUGCAAAGACAAGAAAUCAUAUACACCCCUACAUGCUGCAGCAUCUAGUGGAAUGAUCAGUGUAGUCAAAUAUCUUCUAGAUCUUGGAGUUGAUAUGAAUGAACCAAAUGCCUACGGAAAUACUCCGCUUCAUGUAGCUUGCUACAAUGGACAAGAUGUUGUAGUAAAUGAACUUAUAGACUGUGGUGCUAAUGUAAAUCAGAUGAAUGAGAGAGGUUUUACACCUUUGCACUUUGCUGCUGCAUCAACACAUGGAGCAUUGUGUUUAGAACUUUUGGUCUGUAAUGGAGCAGAUGUAAAUAUGAAGAGUAAAGAUGGGAAAACGCCAUUGCAUAUGACAGCAAUCCAUGGUAGAUUUUCAAGAUCACAAACCAUCAUCCAGAAUGGAGCUGAAAUAGACUGUGAGGAUAAGAAUGGAAAUACACCUUUGCACAUCGCAGCUAGAUAUGGUCAUGAGCUACUAAUCAACACUCUAAUUACAAGUGGUGCUGACACUGCAAAGAGGGGUGUACAUGGGAUGUUUCCUCUCCAUUUGGCAGCAUUAAGUGGAUUUUCAGAUUGUUGCAGAAAGCUCCUUUCAUCAGGCUUUGACAUAGACACCCCAGAUGAUUUUGGCAGGACCUGCCUUCAUGCAGCUGCAGCUGGAGGGAAUUUGGAGUGCCUAAACCUUCUGCUCAACACUGGUGCAGACUUCAACAAAAAGGACAAAUUUGGGAGAACUCCACUUCAUUAUGCUGCUGCCAAUUGUAAUUACCAGUGCCUGUUCGCCCUUGUGGGAUCUGGAGCUAGUGUGAAUGACCUUGACGAGAGGGGUUGUACACCAUUGCACUAUGCAGCUGCAUCAGACACAGAUGGCAAGUGCCUGGAAUACUUACUAAGAAAUGAUGCAAAUCCAGGGAUCCGAGACAAACAAGGAUACAAUGCAGUUCAUUAUUCUGCUGCCUACGGUCAUCGCUUGUGUCUUGAACUGAUUGCAAGUGAAACUCCCCUAGAUGUUCUAAUGGAAACAUCAGGUACUGACAUGCUGAAUGAUUCCGACAACAGAGCACCAAUUAGUCCAUUGCAUUUAGCUGCCUAUCAUGGUCACCAUCAAGCUCUGGAAGUACUGGUGCAGUCUUUGUUGGACCUUGAUGUGAGGAACAAUAAUGGAAGGACACCAUUGGAUCUUGCAGCUUUUAAGGGACAUGUGGAGUGUGUGGAUGUACUUAUUAAUCAGGGAGCAUCAAUCUUAGUGAAAGACUAUGUUGUAAAGAGAACUCCAAUACAUGCUGCAGCUACAAAUGGUCAUUCAGAAUGCUUGCGAUUGUUGAUAGGCAAUGCGGAACCACAGAAUGCAGUGGACAUUCAAGAUGGAAAUGGACAGACUCCUCUGAUGCUGUCUGUUCUCAAUGGGCACACAGACUGCGUUUAUUCAUUGCUUAACAAAGGAGCAAACGUAGAUGCCAAAGAUAAAUGGGGAAGAACUGCAUUGCAUAGAGGGGCAGUUACAGGGCAUGAGGAGUGUGUGGAAGCAUUGCUUCAACAUGGUGCUAAGUCCUUGCUACGAGAUUGCCGAGGGCGAACACCUAUACACUUAUCAGCUGCAUGUGGGCAUAUUGGUGUUCUAGGAGCUCUCUUGCAGUCAGCAACAUCUGUGGAUGCAGUACCUGCCAUAGCAGACAAUCAUGGAUAUACAUCACUGCACUGGGCCUGUUAUAAUGGUCAUGACAGCUGUGUAGAGCUUCUUUUGGAACAGGAAGUUUUCCAGAAAAUGGAAGGAAAUUCUUUCAGCCCAUUGCAUUGUGCUGUGAUAAAUGACAAUGAAGGUGCUGCUGAAAUGUUAAUUGAUACGUUGGGUGCUGGCAUUGUAAAUUCAACAGAUGCAAAAGGAAGAACCCCCCUUCAUGCAGCAGCUUUUACAGAUCAUGUGGAGUGUUUACAGCUUCUACUCAGUCAUAAUGCUCAAGUAAAUGCUGUAGAUUCUUCUGGAAAGACUCCUCUAAUGAUGGCUGCAGAAAAUGGGCAAACUAACACCGUUGAGGUGCUGGUUAGCAGUGCUAAGGCUGAUCUGACCUUGCAAGAUAGCAGUAAAAACACAGCACUCCAUUUGGCUUGCAGCAAGGGUCAUGAAACUAGUGCCUUGUUAAUACUGGAGAAGAUUACGGAUAGAAACCUCAUCAAUGCCACCAAUGCAGCCUUGCAAACACCUCUGCAUGUUGCUGCUCGAAAUGGAUUAACAGUUGUAGUUCAAGAACUUUUAGGCAAGGGAGCAAGUGUACUUGCUGUAGAUGAAAAUGGUUACACACCAGCUUUGGCCUGUGCUCCCAAUAAGGAUGUGGCUGAUUGUCUAGCUCUCAUUUUGGCCACGAUGAUGCCUGUUUCAUCAAGCAGCACUUUACCUUCCCUUACAUUCAAUGCCAUUAAUCAUUACACCAACACCUCAAAAACUGUCACGUUUGACUCCUUGCCAAUCAUGAGGAGUGAACAUAGCUCUUAUUGUAGUUUCAACAACAUUGGCAGGGAAGAUGGCUACCCAUAUACAGAAGAGGAUGAGCUUAAUGACUCAGAUUCUGAGACCUAUUAAGAAGCUUCAUCUGGAGGUCUGAAGAGUGAACCCAGUCAUCUGAAGCUCACGGUUGGAGGAAGCAGCCUGUGUCUGUUUUGUUCCUUAGAAUGGUAUUCUUUUUAAUUAAUGUUCUUUGUCAGCUUGCCAUUUCUGUGUCUAAGCUGCCUCUGCCCUUAAUGCUGUUAUACAAAGAUUUUAAAAAAUGAUCUGAGUUUAGAAUUGCAGUGAGCCACCAAUAUGAACAUAAGAAUGGCUAUCCUGGGUCAGAUCAAAGGUCCACCUAGCCCAGUGUCCUGUUUUUCUGACAGUGGCUGGUCCCAGAUGCUUGUGGGAAUGAACAGCCAGGGCAAUUAUUGAGUGAUCCAUCCUGUGUCAUCCAGUCUCAGCUUCUGGCAGUCAGAGGUCUUGGGACACCCAGAGCGCAUGGGGUUGUGUCCCUGACCAUCUUGGCUAAUAGCCAUUGAUGGACUAUCCUCCAUGAACUUAUCUAAUUCUUUUUUGAAUCCAGUGAUACUUUUUUUGGCCUUCACAACAUCCCUUGGCAAUGAGUUCCACAGGUUGACUGUGCGCUGUGUGAAGAAAUACUUCCUUUUGUUUGUUUUUAAGCCUGCUGCCUAUUAAUUUCAGUGGGUGACUCCUGUUUCUUGUGUUAUGUGAUGGGUAAAUAAAAUUUCCUUAUACACUUUCUCUACACCUUUCAUGAUUGUAUACACCUUUACCAUAUCCCCCCUUAGCUGUCCCUUUUCUAAGAUGAACAGUCCAUUUUUUAAAUCUCUCCUCAUAUAAAAGCUGUUCCAUUCCCCUAAUAAUUUUGUUACACUUCUCUGUACUUUUAAAAUUCUAAUAUAUAUGUUUUGAGAUGGGGCUAUCAAAACUGUACGCAGUAUUCAUGGUUUGGACAUACCGUGUAUGUAUAGUGUCAUAUUUUCUGUUUUAUCUAUCCCUUUCCUAAUGGCUCCUAACAGUCUGUGAGCUUUUUUGACAGUUGUUUCACAUUGAGCAGAUAUUUUCAGAGAACUGUCCAUGAUGAUGCCAAACUUUCUUGAAUAGUAAGAAUUAAUUUAGACUCCAUUAUUUUGUAUGUAUAGUUGCAAUUAUGUUUUCCAAUAUCAAACUCUCAGUAUACCUUGAACUGCUGUAGCCCGCUGUUAAUGUGUCCACAGAUUUUUUUUGAGUUGUGUACCCAUCUGGUCUAAUUCUCAUUUUCACAAAGGCCCCUUUUCACCACUCUGAUCAUGUAAAAGGGCUUUACAGGUGCAUUAGUAUACAUGAACAUCAAAUCAGGCCCACUGUUUACAAGAAUAUGGUCUUAUUCCAAAAAAUAUGUUU